CCGGCGCAGCCCGCGCGGCCCCGGCCCGGCCCGCGCGGCUCCCGCAGGGGCACGCCCGCGCGCGCCCGCCGGCAGCGGCCCUGCCUCCCGCGGUUGCGGCCAAAAUCCUUCUGUUGGGAUUCUGAACUAUGACAUCAUGGCAAGAUUUCGCAGAAGAACAUGCGUCAUUUUGUUGCUUUUUAUUUUGUUUAUUUGCUCCAUAAUGAUGGCUUUGAAGACUCUGAGACCUGACAGAGCUGGCUUUGGGGAUCCGUUUGGACUUGGUUUGUUGCCGGAGCUUCAACAACGGACAGUGCUCUUAGACAGUAAACAGAAUUCGUUAAAUAGGGCUCAAGGAGAUACUGUGACACGUGUUAGUAAUUUGCAUAGUAUUGCUGUCAAUACUAUGAAAGCAUCUAUGUUUCCAGCAAAAAAGCUGGAAGAGGAGCUGUCUUCUCCUAAUUAUAACUUUCAUAUAUUCUACUAUACUUGGUAUGGGAAUCCACAGUUUGAUGGUAAAUAUAUUCACUGGAAUCAUCCGUUGUUGCCACACUGGGACCCCAAAAUUGCAAACAAUUAUCCAAAGGGAAGGCAUAAUCCUCCUGAGGACAUUGGGGCCAACUUUUAUCCAGAACUUGGAUCUUACAGUUCCAAAGACACUACUGUCAUAGAAGCCCACAUGAAACAAAUGCGUUCAGCUUCAACUGGUGUAAUAGUGCUUUCAUGGUACCCGCCAGGUAUGGCUGAUGAAAAUGGAGAACCAACUGAUGAUUUGGUGCCAGUUGUUUUGGACUAUGCACACAAAUAUAACCUAAAGGUCACUUUUCAUAUCGAACCUUACAAAGACAGAGAUGAUCGCAGCAUGUACCACAAUGUCAAGUACAUCAUUGACAGAUACGGAAGCCAUCCAGCCUUUUACAGGCAUAAGACCAGCACAGGUAGACUUCUUCCCAUGUUUUAUGUUUAUGACUCUUAUGUAACAAUUCCUGAAAUAUGGGCAAAUCUGUUAACUGUCUCUGGAUCCCAGAGUAUUCGAAAUACUCCCUAUGAUGCAUUAUUCAUUGCACUUCUUGUAGAAGAAAGACAUAAGCAUGACAUUCACAGAAGUGGUUUUGAUGGAAUGUACACGUACUUUGCUACCAAUGGCUUCUCCUACGGCUCGUCACACCAUAAUUGGGCAAGUUUAAAAGCCUUUUGUGAUAGUAACAACUUAAUGUUUAUUCCAAGUGUGGGGCCAGGUUAUAUCGAUACCAGCAUCCGACCAUGGAACAACCACAACACCCGGAACCGUGUUAAUGGGAAGUACUAUGAGACUGCCUUCAGUGCAGCCCUUCUGGUGCGACCAGAAAUUAUUUCCAUUACAUCUUUUAAUGAAUGGCACGAAGGAACUCAGAUUGAAAAAGCUAUCCCUAAACGGACUGGACAGGUGGUUUACCUUGAUUAUAAACCCCAUAAACCAAAUGUUUACCUAGAGCUUACUCAGAAGUGGUCUGAGAAGUACAGAAAAGAACAAGAACAGUGGCUUAUGUGAGUUGUCCCAGCUGCAGUUGUUUCCUAAUGCAUUGACUGUAUUGAGAAAGAAAUUGAGAGCUGAAGAAUCUGUUAUUAAAUGUCUUUAUUAUAUCUUUUGAAUGUAUAUGCACUACUACUGAAUUUUAAUAUUGAGAAGUAAAAAGAUUAUGAGAAUAUUGGCAAUUCUGUCUUACUGGAUAUUUUAGUUCAAAAAUAUUCAGGGAAAGCUGUUUGUUGUUCAGUUGUUUAUGUUUUUUUAACUUUGCAACUUGCAUGCUGAGUUUUCAGAACAUCUGCAUGGGAUAACGCUACAUGACCAAAGUAUAACAAAAAACUGGCACAGUUUCUUCCUUCCUUUAUUUCUGUAGUUGUGUUUCUAAUCAAACUGAUGCUGUAAUCUAAAUUCUCAUAGAUUCUUGCAGGAUGCAUGUUUACAGUGUGUGGAAUAAUCUACAUUUUGAUGCUUUGCAUACAGAAUUCUUGACAUACGAAAGGACUGAAGAGUUAUGUGUGAUGCAACACCACUGAGUUUUGUUUAAAAAAAAAGUAUUUGAAAGAAAGUUCCAAAGAACUGCUGAAAGAUUUCUAGUUUACUUACAUUUUCUCUGUUUGGUACAUAGUGUAGACUUUUGCAGAUUACUGGAUACCAACAAGGAAGAUUUGUUUUUUCUAGUACUUUGAAUUAAAAAAAAAAAAGUUAGAAUUAGAGUGGAAAAUAUUUUUGAGGGGAAAAACUCCCUAAAGAUGCAAAAAGUUUAUUAGAACUUCCAUUGUUGUGUAUUUUCUGCUAAUUGACUGAAUACACAUAUCUAGUGUGCUUUGUUUAAAUGUUUAAAGUUUCUAAACCUACUGUCCUACUUGUCCUACGAUAACUUAAUUGUAGGAAUUUUUUUUUUUGCCUCUGAUGUAGGAGCAACCUAGUUUGGUAGCAAUGAGAGCAACUACCCAUUUGUUUAAUAUGAAAUCUGAGAUUCCUCUUUUUCAUCUAGUCCAUUUAGUUUUUCCAGGAUUCAGAAUUGUAGAUACUAGUAUCUUGCUGUUAUUCAGAUAAGCACUCUACCAGUUCUAUCUGUAAGACUGUGGUGUGCCUGGAAAUGAGUAUUUUCAGUCCUAAGAAUCUCACCUGUCUAGUGUUGUGAUUAUUAACUGACAUUUUUUAUGAGGUUUGAAAGAUUCAGUCACACAGACAUACCUCCUUGGAAAUACAUUUUUUGGGGGAUUUUCAUAGAAUUUCAUAACAAAGCUGUAAACUUUGGAAUAGUAGAAACAGCGCUGUUUUGUUUAUUUGCAGCAAGUGUUCAAUCUUAGCAAAGUGGAUUCUUAGUUGUUAAUUUUUUUAAUCUAUGUGCAAGGUUCUGAUCCUGUGUUUUAGUUCAUAUGCUCAGACUGUUGUGACCACUAUUAACAGUUAAAAUUCCAUUGAUUUCAGCACAACCUAUGAAAAUUACACUCUUUACUCAAAUCUCACUGUAAUCCGUCUGUUAAGUGGUAAGGUGAAUGUGAGAACUUCUGUUAAACAGAAACCAAACUAGUAUAUUUUUUUCCAGAAAACUUUGUCAUUCCAAAUAAAUAUAAACCAGUUACCACUAUACAUUUCUAGAGUCUUUCUGGUAUGAAAAAAGUUUGUUUAUAUACAGUUUAGAUUUUUUGUCAUUUCUUUGCAGUAGUUCAAGUGAUGAGGUGUCAUCUAAUGCCCUCAGCUGCUUGAAAAAAUACAGAAAUUGGAUGGCAGGUAUAUAACCUGGCAUGUUGAAGUGUGCCUCUAGAGUUACUGGAGUCUUAUUAAUCUCUCUUAUUUUUCUGCAUUUUCCUGUGGCAUUUCUGCAGGGUCUGAAAUGCCUCUAAAGGAAAAGUUUACUUAUGCUUAUUUUCUUUUGCUAUACUCCAGUGGAUAAACUGACAUAGACAUAGGUAUGACCACAGUUAGAAAAUAGUGUCUGAAACAUAAAAAGCACUUGUUAGACUUUUACCAAUUCCAACUACUCCUUUUUUUAAGAAAUCUGAUACUACUUAUUUUACUAUAAAUCUCUUAAAUAGCUAUACAUUACUCAUUUUUAUAAUUUGUUGUAUGUUUAUGCUUUUACAGCCCAGAGUCCAUAUAUUUAUUUCAAAUGUGAGGGAACAGUUAAAUAUUUUGCAUAUGUUAUUAAAAGAUCUUCUGAUCUUUCAAACCUUUUGAAUGGACAAGUCACUUUGUUGUCCCUUUGAUUAAAGUUUUGUCAUCCACUGGUCUUUUCUCAUUGUAGUUAUCUGAGCACUUUACUGGUCUUGGCAACUUUGCACUCACCUUUCAGCCCUUACUUUCUCUUAGUGGCAGUUUAUUUUCUCUGUGACUGUGAAAGUCACUCCUUUGUUGCUGUGUAUAGAAACAUUUGAAGUGUGUUGUAUGGUAUUGUACAACUGAGGUGAUCUAUCUUGUAUAAAAUGAAAUUUAUGGUAACAAUGUAAUGGAUCUUCAUUACUCUGAAAGACUUUUGUAAUUGCUUUAAGGGCAUUGUUUAACCCAUGCCAUUAAGUGGUUUGGGCCAUGGCACACUGAUGUCUAAUGGGACCUUCAGAAGAAAUUUACAGAAUUUCUCUAGAAAAUAAUGAAAGUUAAGUGCCUAGAAAUUCAUCACCCCUGAUCAUUUGCUGUAUUUUUUAUGUGCUUGAUGUGUUUUAAAGCAUAAAUAUGCAACCUCACAUAAUAUUUCAGAGUUGAGAAUUCAAUUUCAUGAUCUUAAGGAAAGCUGAUGGAUUAGCAGCUACUAGAACUACCCCACCUGCCAGACCAAUACUUUCUCUCUACUUAAAGCAAGUCAAUGUGCUGCUUCUUGUUAUGGGGAGUGGAGAGUUUUGCUUAUGGACUGCUUUCUGCAUUCAUGAUGAUUCUUUGAAAUUUGAAUAAAAAUAGGUCGGUGGGAAAGGAUUUGUUCAAAUGAAAAGGAAUAUGAUGGUCACAAGGGCACAGUUGCUGGGGCAAGGGAGGAGAGGAGUGAAUGUAUUUAAGAGGGUGGUUACUCCAAGCUUUAGGAUUACAGUAGGACAGGAAGGGGACUCCAGUGUGCAACCAAAAUUGAGAGAUGGGAAAGAACAUUUGAAAUGAUUUUGAGAUUUUAAAUAGAUUCAAGGAAUAUCCAGAUCCCAUUUCACUUUGGUGUCCCACCAGUUUUACUUCUUGGCCACCUGGGAAAAAAUACUGUAAUGUCUGGUUUUAAUAUUUUUACAAUGAUUAAAUGCAUUUGAUUCAUCUUGUUACAUUAUUUCAUGGUACUUAGAGUGAUACAGGAAGUUUUAAAAGAGAUCAUGCCAUGUUAUGCCUCUGCAAAUACAGAAAUAUCUGAAGUAAUCAAUCACAUACUACUGACUGAGUAUUGCCAGGGGGUAAAUGGUUUCUAGACAAGUAACAAGUCCUUGUGAUAAGAAGGGAACACAUUUUUAAAAGAAAAUCUAUAUGUUCAUUUCUGCUUCUGUGAGUUAUGAUCAAGUAAAUUGUUUUAGUUCUGUGAGCUGUCUCAGAACUGAAGCUUACACCAUCAACUCUGAAAUAAGAAUGUGUAUUAAAUCUUGCAUUAUAGUGCAUGUUUGUCAGGUCUAUAAUCUUGUAGUGAAUUUUUUGGGCAAACACGUGCUGAUGCUGUUGCUAUUUUAGUGGCAAACUUUGGAUUAUUGUGAGUAUAGUUUCUGCACUGAUGUUGAUCGUAUUUGUCUAGUGCAUCUCUUUUGAGGUGCCAAUGAUUUGUCUCUUAAGAGGUUAUUGAAGCAGAAGGCUCUUCAGUGAAAACAGUUUUUUUUAUGAAACUUGGUAUGUAUAUGCUCUGCAUAGUUUGAAUUAACACGUUUCACACACAGGUGGUUCUUAGGUUCAAUUGAAAACAUCUCUCAGGAGUGUUUUCAGCUCUGUGUUGCCAGUAAAUGUAUCUCUGGCACAUGGAUAAGGACUUACUGUGAUUUAAGGCACUUUUUUUUCCUGAAUCUCGUGAACAUAAAAAGAGGAAAUAAAUUAUUUAUAAACAAAUUAUUUGCCACUGAAUAUCAGAUGAAAAUCUCUCUCCCAGUCCUACAAGUACUGUCUUCAGCUUCCUAAUUCGUUAAGAUUGUGUCAGUGUUUUGUUUCUUUUUAUCUUUUACUUUUGACCAGCAUGUUAAAUGUUAUAUAAAUUCCUAAAGUGACUGUAUUUCUAAAAUUUCUAAUUUCUAAAAUGGUUGGAAUAUUCAGUAAAGAGAAUCUAUAAGAUUAGUGGCACAGCAGAAAGCAUGAUGUGAAUUUGAUACUGUAUAGGUGAAUAUGUUGUGAAUGGAUAAUGUAUCUUUGAUAUGCUUUGAACACAAAUAAAAAAUACCUUUCUUUUAAUACCCUA